UUAGGCCAUAAAAAAUUGGUGGUCUAAUAUGUUUAGUAUGUUUAACAAAUAUGCAAACGCAAUGUUUAACAAAUACACAUGUUCCAGCCACAUUCAGCUGUCCAGAAACAAUUUGGUGGUCUAAUAUUGAUAGUAUCCCACUGUAUAUGUAUCCAUUGGAAUUGUUGCAAUUAGUCUUCCACUAGAGGAAGUUGGAACCCUGUCCUAUGGUUGAGUUUUGUUUCACUACUUGUCUCAACUUUGGACACAAAAGGCAACUAUUUUGAUUUUCAGCCAUGAACCAGACAGCUGGUGAGACAGGUACAAGCUUACAAGGUAGAGUUUGAGGUAUGGCCAUUGGUCAUUAGUAUAGGAAAUGCGUGAUGAGGACACUAAGAAAAGUGAGCAUAUAGCCCCCAAUAUAGGAUACCAAGAUUAUGCUUACUAUCACAUAAUUCAUGUCCUUGUUUGCAACCAUUAUUCCCUUAUUACGCAAUUGGUGCAUAUCCAUUUGAUAGUGCUCUAGUGUCACCGACAAUUCCCCUGAAAUCCGAUUCUCUGAUAGCAAUUAUCAAACGAGUUACUUUUUGUCAUUAUUAAUUACGCAAAACAUUGAAGUACAAACGUAAAUUUUUUUAUCUUAGGUUUGUACGAGAUACAUCAAUGAAAAUAUAUUUUGUGCCCCAAUUGUACUUUAAUCAUUUCCUACUGAUAAUUUUUUUUUUAUAUAUUUGGACUCCAAUAUUGUCGAUUUUAGACAAAACUUAUAUUAUGAUUUAUUCAUCGGAUGUUUUGUUUGAUUAGGACAUUCGUUUCAUCUGUGCCUUCACGUAAUUUUUGGCCUAAUAGCCUACCACCAACAUGAGGUUUUUAUAGACUUGCAUGUUAUUAGUGUGAAUAAGAGAUUUAAGAUCUAUAACUAAAAAAUUCUCGAAUAACUUCAAUUCUUAAAAUCAAAUAGUUUAUCAUAACGAGUAAUACCAUAGAAUUUUUGACAAAAAAAGUAAUACCAUAGAAUUGGGCACUUUUAAAACCUUAGACUUCAUAUAUGGAUGAAUACAACCAAUUGUAAGCAUUCUACACCCUACCUAUAUCUACUACAAAUAUAUAACAGUUUUUCAACAUUUCAAAUUUCAUCUAACGAGAGCAAAAGUAAGAAGGGUAGAUUUGUCUUUAUAAUUAUUUGGUUUAUUCGUAGAAAAAAAUAUACAUCAAACUUGAGAUUUGAACUAUGUUCUCUUUAAACAAUGACAUGAAUCAUUAUCAAUUACAAAUAAACAAAUUUAUUGUAUCUUUUUAAACUAAAAACAUGCAGAAACCUAACUCUUAUAAACAUAUGAAUGUUCCACUACGAUUAACUAGCACACUAACUCUUCCGUAAGUAUUUCUUUGGUGUUUGAUAUUUUUAUUUUUCGUAUUUUUAUUAGUUAAUUCAAUUUUAACAAUUAAUUUAACUACUAGGUAGAAAUAUAUAUUUCAAAUAUUUUAGAAAUCUUAGGAUGUACAUCAUAAAUAUUAGUAAUAUAAUAAAGCCUUUCCAAGUAAAUAUUUCAUGGAACACAUGACACACAAGGCUUAGAUGAUUAUAGUAUAAAGUUUCUAACAAAUAAGACAAACUCUAUUUGAUGAUAUUAAAUGUAAAACCAAUAACAAUAAAAUCCAUUGAUUAUACUAAUUAUUAUAAAAAAAAUUGGGAAUACCAUGUCCUCAACUCCUUAUAUGUGCUUAAUCCAGUGUUUUCUCCAACAGAAAAAAAAAUUGAGAGGAGCUCUCUCCUCUCUCCUUGAGUUUUGGUCGACGGUUCUCCUGCCAUUAGUCGAGCUAUGUCAACUGGCCGGAGCUGCUGUCCUCACUGUGAUAUCAAAGGUGUUUUGUUUGGCCCUUGCCAACCAAGGGGUGCAAGAGCCUCGAAGAGCCAAUCCUCUCAGGGAUCCUCGCAGGAAAGCGGCGGAGAGGGACUUGACGGCGAAGUGUGUGGCCGUUCAUAAGAAGCGAAGCCAGAAUAUAGAGCCGGCCGAUAUUAUUCCUGGGAAGCAGCUGUUAGUGGGUAAGAGGCCCGCUCCCCAUAAACGGUUAAGGGAUCAGGCCGAUCUCCUUUCCCUUGGUAGGGAUGCCCCGAAACAGAAACGUGCCUGUGUUAUCAGACGACAUAUGUGGUGCUUCCGUUUGCCAUCAUCGGACGAUAUAGAAAAUGAACUGUGGGAGAAACCUGUCACAUCGCCUAUGGUCCGCCCGGGAAAAAACCAUACGAAAGUUAUGGAUCCUCUGUCAACCCAUUUUCCUUGUGAACUUAGACCCUGGGAGAGGGCGAGUUCCGAGCUUAGAUCCCGUGAUGGGGCGAGCUUGGCUCCGGUGGGAGAAGGGAAUGCGAUGGCGGCGGUGGCUGGCCAGGUCCGGCGGCAGAUUGGUCACUGGAAACCGGUGUUCUAUUGGCUGGUCCGUCCCCGGAGCCGUAAGCCGAGAGGAAUGCCAGCUGGCCUACGAGUCUAUCGCGAGAACGUUGGCUCCACGCCCGAUUGUAUCGGGAUCCAGGAUCUUCUGUUACACGGUAUUUGUUGGCCGGUUGGAUUAUCUACCAGGUCGUUAGAACCUUUUAAAAGUGGCAGCUUCCCACUCCAAUUUGAACUCUCUGUGCCAUUGGGGUAUGCAUCCAGGUUUGCCUUUAUAAAGAACCCACUUGCCAUUAUCCCCCACCAAUUGAAGUGUGGAAAGGAAAGGCGGACUCUGAGAAGGUUAGCAGCCAUCCCCAACGCAAGGAAUUGUUCUGGUAAGUGGACGCUAUCGAGCGUGGAAAUUAUUGUUCAUAUAUGGAGGGAUGGUUUUUGCACCAUGAAACUCUAUUUCUUAUUCUCGAGCUAUCCUUGGGUACCUAUUAGGCCUCCCCUUGGUAAUAUAGACGCUGGUGACAUUGAUUUCCUGUCUUUGUUUCAGUCAAUCACCAUGGCGCAUAUUACAAGAGACCAGGUUGUGGAAUUUUCGCUAGUGGAGGUACAGUCUGAUAGGGCUUGUGCAGCUAAGAUGCUGAUCGGCCGCGUCUUCUCGGAGGAGAGGUUAACGGUAGUGGAACUGCGUUCGGCGAUCAACAACCCUUGGCAGGGCCAUGGUAGAAUCAAAGUUCGGGAGGUCUCGUAUGGGUUAUACGAGUUUACUUUGCCUUCCAAGGCUGCUAAAAACUGGGUGCUACAACGCACUCCCUGGGUUUUGAAGGAUAAAAUCCUUCACCUCCGCACUUGGGUGCCAAAUAUCACUUCUCGAAUCUUCGAGGAGAUGGUCGUUGCUCCAUUCCGAGUUCAAAUGUGGGAGGUGCCAGAAGACUGCUGCACUCAACAAUUUGGGCACAAGAUGGCGAGCUCCACCCUAGGCCGCGUUCUUGAAGCGGGUGUUUUCACAUGUAAUGAUAAUGUCAAUACCUUCAUUAAGGUUAAGGCGCUUAUCGAUUUCUCAAAACCUCUUCGCUCCCAAACCAUGGCCACCAAUGAAGAGACGGGGGAGUUCUGGAUCAGGUUCAAAUACGAGCACCUUCCCAGUUUUUGCUAUAAUUGUGGCCGCGUGGGACACUUUCGCCAAGAUUGCUCUUUUGACCCUUCGACUAUGAAGGAGAGAUUUGGUCCGCACAUGACGACCAAGAAGAUGGGGCGGUAGAUUUUUGAGGAGAUGGGGAAUGAUCAACAUUUCCAAGGACAACCAAAAUCAUUUUGGAUCAAUAGGAAUGUUCGCAACAUGAAGGGGGAUGAAGCCAAUCCAGAUCGAAGGCAGCCAAACAGUCAGGGGAGGCAUCCUGGUUCAGCUGAUCCCCGCGUGCACAACACACAAGUGACGGGAUGCGAACCUGGCUAAGAAACCAAUAUCGGAGAA